GCAACGCACAGAGAGCGUCUGUAACGGAAUGGAGAGGAAGAUGGAGGGAAGCACCACCAGAGACGUCGAGACCGGCAAUGAAACUGGAGGAGAGGAUGCCUUGGUGGGCAAUGUGAACAAGCUGAUGGUGAGCCCACCAGGAUACUCUGGAGUGCUGCGAAAAGGACAUCUGGUUUUUGAUGCUUGCUUUGAGAGUGGGAACCUUGGGCGUGUUGACUACAUCAGUGAGUUUGAGUUUGACCUCUUCAUCAGGCCUGAUACCUGCAACCCCCGCUUCAGAGUCUGGUUCAACUUCACGGUGGAGAACGUCCGCGAGACACAGAGAGUCAUUUUCAACGUGGUGAACUUCUCCAAGACAAAGAGUCUGUACAGAGAUGGCAUGUCUCCUGUUGUGAAGUCCACCAGCAGGCCAAAGUGGCAGAGGCUUCCUGCCAAAAACGUGUACUACUACCGCUGCCCUGACCACCGGCGCAACUACGUUAUGUCCUUUGCCUUCUGCUUCGACCGGGAGGACGACGUAUACCAGUUUGCUUACUGUUACCCCUACACCUACUCCAGACUGCAGCACUACCUGGCCAGCCUGGACCGCAGGAACCUGCCCUACCUACAGAGGGAGCAGCUUGGACUCAGUGUGCAACAACGAAAUCUAGACCUGUUAACCAUCACCAACUCAGACCACCCGAGUCCAGAGAAGGAGAAGAAACUGGUCUUUCUCACAGCUCGUGUUCACCCUGGAGAGUCUCCUGCCUCCUUUAUCUGUCAAGGUGUGAUUGACUUCCUGGUGAGCCAACAUCCUGUGGCUCAGAUUCUGAGAGAUCAUGUGAUCUUCAAGAUUGUGCCCAUGCUGAAUCCUGAUGGGGUCUACCUGGGCAACUACAGGUGUUCUCUGAUGGGUUUUGACCUGAAUCGUCACUGGCAGGAUCCCUCUCCAUGGGCCCACCCCACGCUGCAUGCUGUCAAACAGCUGAUAGUGCAGAUGAACCAAGACCCUAGGGUGAGUUUGGAGUUCUACAUAGAUGUCCAUGCCCAUUCCACCAUGCUGAAUGGCUUCAUGUACGGAAAUGUGUUCGAGGAUGAGGAGCGUGUCCAGAGACAGGCCGUCUUCCCCAGACUGUUGUGCCAAAAUGCACCAGACUUCUCUUUUUCCAACACGUCCUUUAACCGAGAUGUGGUGAAGGCCGGUACUGGCAGACGUUUCCUUGGUGGUCUUCUUGACGACACGUCCUACUGCUACACUCUGGAGGUGUCCUUCUACAGCUACAUGACAGCUGGCAGCAACGUGCCUGUACCCUACACUGAGGAGACCUACAUGAAACUGGGCAGGAAUGUGGCUCGUACGUUCCUGGAUUAUUACAAACUCCAGAACCUUAUCAAGGACAACAGACCAACUCACAUACAGAGUUCCGAGGUGAUGUCCCAGACAGGCAAUGCAAAGGGCAAUGGCGUUGGCAGAGACACAGCAGACAGAGAGAGGGAGAAGAGAGGGGGUGUCAGGCACUAGACAGACGGACACAGUCUGAGCAAGUAUAAAAUGCAGAGCACCAUGGCAGUAGGAUCCUUCACACUCCAUUGCCUUUAGAAGCGCCACAUCUCCCGGGCUAUAAAGGCUUAUAUCCACAUAUUUCUAACAGUGUGGUGACUGGUACUCGGAGGACUAAAAUCAGAACAAAUGUCCUCCUGAGUUAUUUAGUGACAAUAAAAUGUCAAACUACCACGAGGAGACACACUGGUUACCCUUCUAUAUCAGAGAAUGAAGAGGCAAACUGCUUAAUGAAUCCUAUCAAAUAAACUGUAAUGCAGGUGUGGGGGGUUGUAUUGUGCAUGUCCUUUCUCUCUAUGAAACAACCAGGAUGAACUGGAAAACAUAACAAACCAAUCUGGUUGCUGCUCUGAUGCAAGUGCACCAUUGACUUUUAUGACAGUUUGACCUGACAGUGUGUGCAGAUGAAGAUGGACUUUGAAAAAGUACGGCAAGAGAAAUGGAGUAAUGGAAUGGAAUACUCCCAAUGCUGCACUUGACGCACUUGGGGUUGGGUACCUUGCUCAGGGGCACCCCAGCCUUUGACCUGUCUGGAUUUUAACUGGCAACUCUUCGGUUAGAAGCCAAUUUCCCUUUCACUUAGCCCAAAUAUGAAUACUGUUUCUAUACAUGUGUUUUUUCAUGUUUUUUCAACAGUGCAGCUGUUGCUCUCUGUUCCCAGAUGAUAGUAGGUGUUGUUGUCCAAGACAGCCCUUUGAGGGCUAUUUAAUCCCAGGCCUUCAUUCACUUGUAAAUAAAUGCCUGCUUCUCCUCUGUUGUCAGCUUGUUUUAA